CACCGCUGUUGACGCUGCUGUGGACUGCAAAACCGCCGCCGCUUCCACUGAUGAAGAGGAGAGAAGGGGACACCGUUGAACAAACCGUGCAAGAGAGGGAGCUGCCUUCCGCGCGUCGCCAUCAUCGAGUUCGAGGCGAAGAGGAGGAGCGCGAGCGGGAGGAAGAAGCCGUCGCCGUCGACGUUCGUGCUUCGUCGUCGCUGCCAUUCGUGAACCAAACGAUGUCGCCAUCAGAAGCUCCUGCCACCGCCAAGAAUCUCGUCACUGUCAGAUCCAUCGCAUCGCCGUUGGGGGCAUCGAAGGGGGAGAAGAAGCUGAUUUUGUUACACCCGCUUCUGGAGGGGGAACCAGCUGUGCCACCGCGCCUCUGUCACUAUGAAAUGCUGCUGCCGUUGCCGAGAUCUACUACCGCUCUGUUUCUAUGUUUUUUCUUUGUUACAGAUUGAUUUCUGGUUGUUGCAUGUCGCGUUUGGGGUUACCGCUGUUGCUGUGAGGGUGGAAUAGGCUGUGGCUGUGACUGCUGAGGGUAUAGGCCGAGAGGAAACUGAAUUUGUCAC